CUUAAUUUACCUCAUUUCCCUUAAGCCUCAAUACUCUCUUUGUUUCGUCUCUUAUUUCAUUCUGCAUGGCUCGCUUAAGCACACUUGGGCUCUUUUGCAUUAUUCUUGUUUUAAUCUGUUAUGUGCCAUCUUUAGAAGCAAGGAAGCUCAUGAACAUUGAGAGGAGGAGGAUAGUACCUUCUCCGGAGGACAAUUUGGUCCUAACUGCCCUUCCCAAGGGCACUGCUGUCCCAUCUUCUUCCCCAAGUGGUAAAGGCCCCGCAAUGGUCAUCUAUGAAAAGCUACUCUCUCAACACUUUUCCCGCAUUGAUAGGAUUUUGGAGUCCAACCCAAGUCCCGGAAUCGGUAACCGCAACUAGACAUGGCUUUCAUGGAAAACUUUAUACGGAUAUAUAUCUAUAUCUAUAUCUAUAUCUAUAUAUAUACACAUAAAUAUUUUAUAUAGUACGCAAAAUGCUACGAGGGUGUGAUUAUCUCACGACGAAAUCGUGUCUUCAUACUCAUGAAAAAUUUAUCUUUCUGAUUUAUAUGUAAGCAAUGUAAACUUUAUACGAAUAUAUAUCUAUAUAUAUAUAUACACACA